AUGCAGUCCGCCCGCAAGAGAGCGGAGCAGGCGGAGGUCAAUGAACGACGACUAAAGCAGGAAGCACGUGACAUGGAGCAGGAGCUCCACAAGGCUCAGGAAGCAUGGAAAGACAGAAUCAGAAAGGCUGAGUCAAAAGCACAAGAAGCAGAGAAAGAUGCGAAGGAUUCGGCGGCUGCAAGUUCAGCCGAGCUGGCAAAGUUGAAGGCUCGGAUGCGCGUGCAAGCUGCUGGCAGCGAGGAAACUCGUGGCGAGCUAGAGGCCUACAAAGCACGGACCGAAGAAGAGAUGAGCCGUCUCGGAGAGCGCCUCCGGGCGGCGGCGGACAGCGAGCUGCAGCUGCGGCAGGAGCUCCAGCAAAGUGAGCAGAGUCGACAAGAGCUGCAGGAACGAGUGGUCGAGCUUUCAGGCAGGUAUAGUUGCGAGCCGAGUGAACGACCUUUCACAUUGUGGAUAGGCGAAGCUGCUCGUGAGGUGGGCGCUAUGUCCCUCCGCUUGAACGAGCUUGAGUUCACCCAGAGAGACGACAGCCACUCGGAGGAUGUCCUUCGUCAUGAGCUUUCCUCAGCGAAGGAACGGCUCUCGGAGAUGGACGAUCGCCUCAAAGAGUGCACCUGGAUGCGAGACCACGCGCUGAAACAGGCAGAGGAGGCCAGGGCGAAGCUCCAGUCCAUGGAGGAGGCACACGAAGCGUCUGGCGGAGGGAGAGAACGCCGCGCUGCCCGACCGGCAAAGCGCCAGGCCCAGGCCGAAGCCCAGCAGUCCCAGAAGGAGGCCAUCGAUGGGGGCUGUUGGCAGAUCAUGGAAGAUCCGCUUUGCUCCCAUCACGGCCGUCGUAUGCCGCCAGGAAGCUUGGCCUUAGAGUGGUGUGACUUCCGCUUCAGGCAGCAGCAGCUGCAGAAAUUCGUGGAGCAGCACAAGACGGAGUUGCAGGAGCAGGCAGAGAUUUCUCGCGAAGAGAUUGAGUACUUAAAGCGUAAGAAUGAUGAGAAAGACAAAAGGCUCGAGAUCCUGACCUGCGAGAGAAACGCUCUACGCUAUGCUGAGGGCACAGAGGCUUCCAGCCGGCCAGGGCGCGUUGCUCCCAAGACGGAGGCUUCCGAGAAGCCGCUGGUCGAUCUCGAAGAUGGCCUCUCCUUGAAGGAGGUCCUUUCUAAGGAGCCAG